CCUAGUUCUAGUCUAGGGUUUUUGUGGUCUCGCAAUGGCGGUGUCUUCUUCGACUUCCGGCUCUUCGGAAUCGCUGUCGCGGCAUCACCACCUCAAGCAUCGCCGCAGGAAGCACAGCCGCCGCCACGACGCGAGCUCCGCCGACGGCAGCAGCGGCGCCAGCAGCAGCAGCUCCUCCGACAGCGAUGCACACAGCGGCGGUGGCCGGAUGAGACGCGCGAAGCGAAAGCACCGAGGUGAUGCUUCGAGCAGCGAGAGUGACACCGAUUACGAUUCCGAGAAGCGGAAGCGCAGGAAGAAGGAGAAGCUUCACAGAUCACACAAGAAGGAUGGUUUGAAGGAGAGAAAUCACAAGCACAAGAGCAGGAAGCACAAGCGGGAGAAAUCGAGCGAUGAAAGCAAUGGUCCCGUGCAAUUGUCCAAGUUCCUGGGUCGGACAAAGGACGACGGCGUUCGUCGAAGCGUUGUUUCGGGUAAAAAGAUUCAACUCAAGGUUGAAAAGAGCAAAGAAGACAGAGCUGCGGAGACGAAGCGCAACGAGCUCUUGAAGUUUUUGAAUGCUAGCUACGAUUGAAAAUGGCGAGAAAAGAUUCGUUUGGUGUUUGCUCUCCAAAUGUUCUUUUCUUGACUCUGUUCUUAUCAAAGAAAAGGGGAUUUCUGUAAAACGUUUUGACUCUCAAAUUACCACGCUUUGAUC